CUUGUUGACGAAAUUGUCUCACACAAAACACAACUUCGGAAUUCCUACAUCACAUUUGAGAAGCAGAGUGAGAGAAAAGCAUUGCGGGCCAAAUCAAUCUGUUUUUUUUUUACGAGACUGGUAAUUUCGAUCUUCCUUAAAUUUGUAGGUUUGUUUAGGAGUAAUCUCAAUUUAAGUUUUAAGAUUCACAAUUUAUAUCUUACACAUAACACAUCCAUAUUUGAGCAAGAACUCAGAAUUAUUCUAUAGAUAAAAAUUAGAUCUUGAUACACCUAAAAUGGCGAUUUCUUCACUUCGUGGCAUCGUCUCCUCUACAUUUAGAGUAAAAUCUCCACCAUUUUUGCUGACUAAAACAAUCAAUUUUUCAACAGCAGAAGAAUUUUGCACCCACCUCCUUAAUCACCCCAAAAAUCCAGAAAAAACCCUAAUUCGCAUUGCAGCUCAAUUAGAUUCAAAAUGUGUUAGUGAAGUGUUGCAUAGAUUUUGUUCAAAUGAACCUCAACUGGGUCUUCGUUUCUUUAUCUGGGCUGGUCUCCAGCCAAAGUAUAGGCAUACUCAAUAUAUGUAUAGCUUAGCUUGUAAGUUGCUCCAAAUACGUCGAAACCCGGGUAGGAUUAGAGAGAUUCUUGAAUGUUAUAGGGUUGAAGGCUAUUUAACUAAUGUGAAAUUGUUUAAAGUUGUUCUUAAUUUGUGUAGAGAAGCCAGGACUGCUGAUGAGGGUUUGUGGGUAUUGAGAAAGAUGGGGGAAUUUGAUUGUAGGCCGGAUUCGACGAUGUAUAAUGUGGUAAUCGGGUUGUUUUGUGAGAAGGGGGAUCUUGAUAUGGCAAUUGGGUUGAUGAGAGAGAUGGAAUCUUGUAAUUUGUGUCCUGAUAUGAUUACUUUUAUGUCAAUGCUUAAGGGUUUUUGCAAUGUGGGUAGAUUGGAGGAUGCUUGUGAGUUGUUUAAGAUUAUGAAAAGUCAUGGAUGUACUCCGAAUUUGGUGGUUUACUCUGCUCUCCUUGAUGGGCUUUGUCGGGUUGGUAGUUUUGAGAAAGCGAUGGAGUUGUUGGGGGAGAUGGAGAAGGAAGGUGGGGAGUGUUCACCAAGUGUUAUUACUUAUACGUCAGUCGUCCGAAGCUUGUGUGAACAUGGAAAGUCGGUUGAGGCAUUGUCGAUAUUGGAUCGUAUGGAGGGUUCUAAGUGCCAACCGAAUAGGGUGACUAUGAGUGUGUUGAUCCAAGGACUUUGUGGUGAAGGGUACCCAGACAAAGCAUUUAAACUGGUCAGUGAUGUAGUUGCUAGAGGUCAUGUCUCGGGUAGUGAGUGCUAUAGUUCUCUUGUGAUCUCUUUGUUGAGGAUCAAUAGAUUUGAGGAGGCACAUAAGCUUUUCAAGUGGAUGCUGGAUAAUGCUGUGAGGCCUGAUGGGCUGGCAUCUAGCAUUUUGAUAAAGGAUAUGUGUUUAAAAGAAAGAUUUAUUGAUGCAUUCAGUCUAUAUGAAGAUAUUGCAAAGAAGGACACUGUAGUGACAAUUGAUUCUGAUAUAUUCUCGAUACUGCUUGUUGGGCUUUGUCAGCAAAACCAUGAGGUAGAGUUGGCAAAACUUGCCAGUCUAAUGGUUGAGAAAGGGAUUCAAAUCAAUGCCUCGUACGUUGAUGUUAUUUACAAGCAUCUAAAAGGAUCAAUCUGUAUGGAGUCACUUGCACAAUUGUGUAAGACGAGAAAAUAAUAGUCAACAACGCGUCCUUUUCUUAGUUUGUCCUGGUUACUUGAAUUUCUGAAGGAUAUCUGUGAGUUAUUAAAGCAAGCUACUCAUUUGGGACCACAAAAGCAUGCUGGUUGAGCAAUCUUGAUCGAAUUUGUUUGUGAGAUGUAUUGAUCAAGGCAGAGUUUUCAAGUUGCUAUCAGCUUAAGAUACAUGGUGCAAGACUAGGAAAGGACUCCUGAAGACGCUUGUAGCUGUGUUAAAUUUAUUGGGCCAAGAGUUUUAGCUUGCUUCAUUCCGGUGGCAGCCUUACAGGUUAGGGAUUAUUACAUUUAUAAGUGAGGACCUUGACUCAAGUCCGAGUAACCAUUUGAUAAUCAGAAGCUCACGGCUUUCAUCAUAGGGUUACUUUUUUGAAUUUGAUGAUGGCUACGUAGCAGUGUUGAUAAAAUCCGAUCGAUGGUUAUGAUACAAGUCAUCCGGAUGUUGAAGAUAGUCAGAUAGUGGCAGAUCUGAGUGUGAUAUACAACACACAUGUUGCUGGUCAGGUGGAUCUGGCUUUUUCCUGCCACACCCAGCAGAAGAUUGCGAAAGACCAGCUCCUUAGGCACGGUAUCUGCACCAUUGUGUGGACCAGAUUAUUGCCAGCCUCUCGUAGACAUCCUCACAUCCAUGUGUAUUAAGAUGUUCAUCUUGUAUUUGCAUCAAAAUCAAAUGUGUUUUCAUAUCCUGUUUUUUUUAUUCUCUGCCUUGAUGAUAUGAGAGGGCUAAUAGAAUUUUUGGGGUCCAGCUCGGCCUUCACAGACU